AUGGAAUGGCAAAGAAGAUACGAACUUCGAAGCCGCGCAACCACAAACAUUCAAGAUAGUUAUACAAGGCUUCAAACAAGAGAUGUGUGCACCGUUGGAGGAUUUGAAACGUAUUUUAAUUCUCGGUCUCUUGAAAACCAAAGAAUUCAUGAAUUCAUGAAGUCGUACAGGCAUCGAGAAAUAAAGGGGUAUAUGUUUUCAAACCGUCAAAUGGCUAACAGUCAUGCUGCUUCAGUGGUUCUGGGGUACACAAACGUGAAUGAACCAUACAAGCUUUCCAUGGAUUCUAGUUCUCGCUCUAGAAAGAAGAAGAGAAGAAUAUUUAAAGGAACAAAUGAACAACAUUUGCGGGACCGAAAUAACCCAUACGAUCAGCACCGAACCGUUGUAGCGUAUGGUGACGCUUCCCUAAGUGGGACCUUUAAGAAUCAUACCCCUAUACCAGUAAAGAAAAUUCAAAGAGCAAUCGCGCAAAGAGCUCUUGUUAUACCAGUUGAUGAGUACAAUACAUCCCAGAAAUGCUGUCACUGUCUUCAACAAACAAGAAAUAUAAAUUAUUCUGAAAUUUCGUACAUGCAACAACCAAGACUUGAAUGCAAACAUAGAAAAAUCAAUUACAAGUACCGUGAUGAAAGAAGAAAGCAUCUCAAAUGUGUUGACGAUGAAGACAACAUUUUAUGGAACACCACGGAUUGUUAUGAACGAGAAGAAAGAGCCUUCCAAAAUGUUUACCCUCUGAAAUUGUGUCAAAAUUGCCAACGAGAAGGGUCGCCCUGUGUAAGUCUUUUUGUUCAAAUUUUUAUCCGCAACGACAUUCGAUUAAUACGUUUCCUACAGAUAUGGAACAGAGACAUAAAUGCUUCCUGCAAUAUCAGAACGGUAUUGACGAGAUACAUAAGAUCAGAUUUUGAUUUAAAUUCCAGGCAGCCACAGUUGACAAGAACAAGACAAGAUGACCAAUAAAUUAUAAUUACGUAGGCACUAUUCCUU